AUGUUGUGUGUUUUUGUCGCAGUGGCAGAAGCAGAGAGCCAGUGCAGCGCCCCGAGUCCUGCGUGUGUUCAGGAAAGCCGAAAUCACCAGGGUCCACGCGGAAACAAGCCCAGACAGAGAGCUGCUCCCCCGUCACACACCCCCUCUGCCCCCACAGACGACUGUCAACAAGGGGCCAAGAAAAUAGCUUCAACCAUCGACCGCUCGGUGAAGGACUUGCAGCGGUGCACAGCAUCGCUCACUCGUUACCGGAUGGUGGUGAAGGAGGAGAUGGAUUCCUCUAUCAAGAAAAUGAAGCAGACGUUCGCAGAGCUCCAGAGCUGCUUAAUGGACAGAGAAGUCACGCUCUUGGGAGAAAUGGACAAAGUGAAAGCUGAAUCGAUGAUGAUUUUGGACGCGCGGCAGAAGAGAGCGGAGGAGCUCAGACGUCUCACAGAAAAAUCAGCCUCGAUGUCUGAGGAGCAGCUCACAGAACUACGUGCAGAUAUAAAGCACUUUGUUAGUGAACGAAAAUACGAUGAAGAUCUGGGGAAAGCUGUGCGAUUCUCCUUCGACCUCGAGCCGCUGAAGACCAGCAUCACAGGGUUUGGAUCAGUGUACCAUCCGAACACGGGCUACUCAAACCGGUCCCGCUGUAGCUCCACCUCCUCCUCUGUGACCGGACCACAGGAAACUCCUCCUUCUCAGAGCUCUGAACACCGCCCCCCUCCCACCAAACAGAUUUUCCAGGGGAACAGGCGCACGUUCCACGGACAGGGCUUCCACUCGGGCGGCGGGGGACAGCGAUACAACGGCAGCUCCCACCAAGCCCGCAACAACCACCACGCCGGUCCGCAUAGAUCCCAGGCCGACAGCACCCAGACCUCACAGCCGCACGGGCACAGCUCCAGGGGCCCGUCCCACCAGCACAACGGGCUUCCCCAGAGACCCCCGCGAACGCCCUGUCCCUGA